AUGUUUCUUCGAGGACUAACCUCAAUCAUAGGCCCAAUUCAACGUCGCGCUAUAAUGUCUGCUCAAAUUCCAACAAAGUUCGAACAACUGUUCAAGAAAGUUGACGAGUUGAAACCACAAUUUAUUGAUGUUGUCGCUCAAGCAGUGGCUAUCCCUGCUGUCUCCUCGGACGAGACCCUAAGACCUCAAGUGGUCAAGAAGGCCCAUUUUCUAGUGCAACAAUUGGAAUCCCUUGGCUUCACCGAUAUCCAAUUGAAACCACUAGGCCUACAACCUCCACCAGUCAGUAACCCAAACUUGGAAUUGCCUCCUGUUAUCCUAUCUCGUUAUGGCAAUGACCCACAAAAGAAAACUGUUUUGGUCUACGGCCACUACGAUGUCCAGCCAGCUUUCAAAGAAGAUGGGUGGGACUCUGAACCAUUUGAACUGGUUGUCGAUGAAGAAAAAGGUCUUUUGAAAGGUAGAGGCGCCACUGACGACACAGGUCCAUUAACCGGCUGGUUGCACGUCGUCAGAGCUCACAAGGAAGCCGGUGUAGAAUUCCCAGUUAAUUUAAUCACCUGUUUCGAAGGGAUGGAGGAGUCUGGUUCUUUGGGUUUGGAAGAAUUAAUCGCCAAGGAAGCCAAUGGCUACUUCAAGGACGUCGACGCUGUCUGCAUCUCCGAUAAUUAUUGGUUAGGUACUAAAAAACCUGUCUUAACUUACGGUCUAAGAGGUUGUAACUAUUACCAAGUCACUAUUGAAGGUCCACAAGCCGAUUUACAUUCUGGUGUUUUUGGUGGUAUCAUUGCUGAACCAAUGAUCGACUUGGUGAAAGUUAUGAGUACUUUAGUCGACUCUGAUGGUAAGAUCUUGAUCAAAGGUGUCGACGAAAUGGUCGCUCCAAUGACUGAAAAGGAACGUAAAUUGUAUGACAAUAUUGACUUCUCCUUAGAUGAAUUGAACAAAGCUAGUGGCUCCAACACCGCUCUUUACACCAAGAAGGAAGAUAUCUUGAUGCACAGAUGGAGAUACCCAUCUCUAUCCCUGCAUGGUGUGGAAGGUGCAUUCUCUGGACAAGGUGCCAAGACUGUUAUCCCAGCUAAAGUUAUCGGUAAGUUUUCCAUCAGAACUGUUCCAGAUAUGGACUCGGCCAAAUUAGAUGAAUUAGUUAUCGAACAUUGUGAAAAAGCGUUUGCUAAACUGAACUCUCCAAACAAAUGUAAGGCUGAAUUGAUUCAUGAUGGUGCUUAUUGGAUCUCUGAUCCUCAUAAUGCUCAAUUCACUGCUGCUUCCAAAGCCACUAGAUUAGUUUAUGGUGUCGAACCAGACUUAACUAGAGAAGGUGGUUCUAUUCCAAUCACCGUCACUUUCCAAGAUCAAUUAAAGACUAGUGUCUUAUUAUUACCAAUGGGUAGAGGUGAUGAUGGUGCUCAUUCUAUUAACGAAAAAUUGGAUAUCAGCAACUUCAUUAACGGUAUUAAAUUAAUGGCUGCCUACCUACAUUACUAUGCUGAAUCCAAAGAAAUUUAA